UAUGAAUGGAAUAGAUAUCUUAAAGAGGCAGAUGCAAACGAUAACAAAGCAAUGAAGCUCUUAGGGGACAUGACUCUCCCAGAUAAAGAUAUUCUCAACAAAAUUAUGCAAGAAAAAGAAACCGUUAUUUCGUUAAAUGUUAAGCGGGAGCUAUUGUCCAGUAUUUGUCUGUAUAUCAGGAGAUUAUCACCUAUGAUAAAUGAUGUUUGGGCAGCUUAUAGGACUAAAACGGGUCCACCACUUGAACGCGCAGACUUGGUUUUUGUCAUUCACACAAGUCAAAAAAUUGAAGGAGAAUGGGACUUUGAAACGUACCAAGUAUGUAAAGAUGAUAUAACGGAGACUUGCAAGCUGGAAAACGAAGAUAUAUACAAAUGCGAACAAGCAGGUGAUUAUUCAACAACCGAGAUGGCAGCCAUCAAAGCAUUCAUCAAGAAAAAUGCAAGGCGAUUAAUGCAAAAGCACAGCAACAUAACAAAAAUAUCACCAAGUUGCGUAAGAUCAUCCGGGUACCAAACAAGGGCUGCUCUCAUGGAAAACAUUCCCUGUAUUGCAUUGUAUGUUCAGAUAAAGGGAUUGAUUCCCUUUAAUGAAGAAUCGUUCGACCGAACAAUAAUGGACAUACCUUUUGAUGUAAGAGAAGGGGUGUUUACGCUUUGUGGAAGGCCAGAUGAUUUGCAUCAAAAUGUUAAAAUGGGAUGCGAGAUAGACAGUGGAUAUGGUACCGACAAAGGAACUGUGGGUCCAUUUGUACAAUUAGAACACUACAUGAAUACAUAUUUCUUAACAAGUGCACAUGUUGCACUUGAUAAGAAGCAAAUGGAAGAAUUAAAGAAAAGCGAUGAUAGUUACAUAUACUACGGUAAAAUCGGCCACAACAUAUUUCAACCACCGGAAUCUAAAACAGUCAGCAAUUCAAGCUCGCGAUACCCUCUUGGCAAGAUAGUACUGGCCGUCUAUAAGGAGGGUAACGAAGACGAAGCUGGAAUGGAGCUUGCAUUAGUACAAGUUAACAAAGACCGAUUACCGAAUGAUGGCAGUUUUCCUGAUCACAAAGAAUCAGGUUUCCAUUUCUCUUCCGGUGAAAUUCUGCAGCAAGAAAAACUCAUGCCUACAUCUCGUGUGUUCAAGUUCGGAUGUAUCAGUGGUUUAACAGAAGGGCGAUAUGUUGAUGACUGCACAACUGUUAGAACAAAUGCGAAUGGAAAUUCGGUAAGCGUUACUCUCAACAACCAAAUUAAAAUAGUAAGUCUGGAUUCUUCAAGACCGUUUGGUGUACAGGGAGAUUCAGGUUCUCUUGUGUUUGCUGUUGAAAAUGGCGAGUGUCGCGCAGUUGGGAUUUUUGAAGGACAACUGGAUCAACAUAACUUCAUGGUUACACCAAUUGAAGACGCAAUCAAUUUUGUUGGCAAUCGCUUGUCGUAUCAUAGAAAUGAGUUAUGUCAGUCUGCGGACAGAUUGCAAUUCAAGGCUGUUCAGCUUCCGUUUGAACGACACCCCGUUCUUGGUGUUGGAAAUCAAACAUGCAAUACGGCAACAAUGUUAUCGUAUAAUGUAGAACACUCUAUGGAUACAGUAAAAAGUGAGCUAAAAAAUACGAGGGAAUUUUUCAAACAAUAUUUCGAUGACAGAUUUGAUAAAUUAGAGAAAUUAGUUAUAAAUCAAACAACUCAAAAAUAAACCGAAACUCAUAUAUUAUUCAUACAAAGGAACAGUUCGGUAAACGUCUCAAGUUUCAUAAUAGAAAUACUAGCAAUUAAGCGUUGUUAUUGUCGCAUACACAAACAAAUCAAAAAUUAAAGUGUUACACGAAAAUGCAGUAUCGAAAAGAGAAAUUUAAGAAAACAAAGCUAAACAUAAAUAUAUUAUACACAACCGCAACUUUAGAUUACCUUUUGUUCUUAUCUGUUAUUAAAUAAUACAACAGAGUUGAUUUUCCUGGAAAACAAACAACAACAAAAACAGACAAAAGGUGUUUAUACGACAAGAAAUUACAAAUAAUUUCAUCAACAUUUUCUUUUGAUUAGAUAAGUAAAACAAAGCAUGUUUUGAUAAUCUAAUUAUUGUUAAGAUGUUUCAUGGAUCAGAUUAUCUUAGAUAUAACAUUGGAAGUCUGACUAAAGUUCAGAUUUGUUUUUGUCAACAUGUAGAUCUCAUCGCAAGUAACUCUUUUCGCUGCUUUCUCAUCCGAUAUAUAUUUUCUGCUAAGGCUAUUUUAGCACUCAUUACAGAGAAUUAUUUUACAUUAUCCGGGAAGUCAGACAACUUAGAAAAUAUCUUCAAGUAGUUAUGUGAAAAAUAAUUUCUGCGAAUCAUUAGUUUAUAUUAUUUUUAAUAUUAAAGCCUUUAGUCUUAAACGCGCGCGAGUCGAUAUUUUUGUUCACCUUUUAUAUCUUGAAAAUUGCGUACACAUUUUUGCUCUCCCAACGGUUAAAAUAAAACUUUAUUCCACUUUCAUGAACCCAAAACCUGACACUAAUUGGUUGAUUAAAAGUCACAAGAAGUUAAUCUCUUAUCAGCCACCAUCAGAUCUACAUGUAAAUGUAAAGAUGAUGUGAACAUUAGUCAGACGGUAUGUUUUGGUAAACUAGUAUUAUUUCCCUAAUAUAUUUUGUACCCUCGAGUGUGUAAUUGAUUUUUAUGAAAGUAUGAUUUUAAGCGGUAGGAUUGAAACGAUUUAAUAGUAUUAUAUUUUGCUUUGUAACCCAUUAUUGGCGUAAUGUGUAGUGUAGACUUAUUGCUAAAAGGUUUUUAAAUUUUUAUGAUUGUUUCUAUUUUUCAUAUUUUUUUACCUGCCACGAUUUGAUGUUUGUUUUUAUUUUAUUUUUCUUCUCUUUUUUGUUAACUUUUCACAUACAUAACCAGAUAAUCGGGGACAAAAUUAACCAAGAAAUUUUAAAACCCUACGCACGGAAAGAUUUCAUGCACCUGGUCGUCCGUCCUUCUGUUAGCAGAUUUCGUGUCCGGUCUGUAUCAUUUAAAACGAUGAAAGGAAAGUGAAACUAUUUUAUAAAAUGUACAACAUAAUAAGACAAUAUGCAGAGCGCAGGUAUGUCCUACAUACAUUCAAGGUCCCACUUAAAAAUUUCAUGUCUGCUAUGUAUCUUUUGAACCGAUAAAAAGAAUGUAAUACUAAUUUGCAGAAAUAUCAGUUAUAAUGAGACAGUGUGCAGAACACAGGUUUGGGCUUCCUGUGAUAAAGUUUGCCCGGCCCUGGCAUUACUUGAUUUAUGUAGACUGAUAAAGAAAAGAUAAAGUUUCGUUUUGGGCAUUGCCUUUUGACCUUUAAGUUAACCAAACAUAUAAGAAUAAUGCCUCUUGGCUCAAAAUUUGCUUCAUU